AUGAUUCUCCCACCGCCUUCGGUAGACCAGAGCUAUUGCACGGUCUCGGCUUUGGAAGCCGGAUACGUCGACGUUCCAAUGGCACAAAUAGUAGACACAGCUGAACACGACGAAGUCUCUCGCUUUCCCUGCCUUGCCUUCCUGUUACGCCAUUCUUCAAACGGAGAUACCUUUGUCUUCGAUCUUGGGAUACGGAAAGACUGGGAGGAAGGUCUUCCACCUGCUUUGGUCAAAGCAACGAAGCGGUGGUACAGCGUCGAUGUUCCACAAGAUGUGAUCGAAUCUCUUCAGAAGGGAGGAUACGAACCAUCGCAGAUCAAGCACGUUUGCAUCUCGCACAUCCAUUUCGACCAUCAGGGGGACCCUGCUGCAUUUGUCAACGCGACCUUCAUUGCCGGGGAAGACACUCGGCCGCUCCUCAUUCCGGGCUACCCUACUGAUCCGAAUGCACACUUCCCAACUGACCUGCUCCCUCACGGACGAACACGCUAUGUAUCAACAGCGGAGAUGAGCCCGAUCGGUCCAUUCCCCCAUGCGCUCGAUUUCUACGGCGACGGGAGCCUCUACAUCGUGGAUACGCCCGGGCACAUCCCGGGGCAUGUUACAGUCCUCGCGCGCACAUCGUCGGACGGAGGGUGGGUGUACCUCGCAGCGGAUGCGGCGCACGACUGGCGCCUUCUCACAGGCGGGGCACAAAUAGCCGACAGUGAGCACUACGGAUGCGCACACAGGGACAAGGAGACAGCGGCAAAGUCGAUCGAGUGGAUAACGCAAGUCUCGCAGCAGCCGCGGGUGCGAGUACUUCUUGGACAUGAUGUGCCGUGGUUCAAAGACAACAAGGAUGGUUCGGCAUUCUGGCCUGGCAGUCUCGAGUCACUCUGA